AUGGCGGCGCCCAGUGCGGCUGAGGUGGCCGAUGAGAUCGUAUCUCCUGUAUACCUGGUGGUAAGCGGGAUCCCCGCGGGACUACGCUCAGCCCAGCUGAGGAACUACUUCAGCCAGUUCCGGGAGCAGCGCAGCGGCGGCGACUCCGGCUUCCUUUGCUUCCACUAUCGGCACCGGCCUGAACGGGCCCUGGCCCCGGAACCAGCCCCGGUCCCAAUCCCAGUCCCCCAGUUCCCUGACGGAGCGGCCGUGCCUUCCAAUCCGUCUAUGGCUCCAGCUCGGUCUCCAUCCCCUGCCCCGGCCUCUCCUGCGACCUGCUGCUGCGUGAUCUCUGUGCGAGGGCCGGCCCAGGCCCAGCGGCUACUCCGCAUGUACUCGGGCCGCCAGUGGCUCGAUUCGCAGGGGAACUGGCUGCCUGGGCGCUGCCGUAUCCGCAGGCUACGGCUCCCAGUUCAGGAGGCAGGUGUAGAUCCCUUUCCCUUCAAGACCCGGAAGGAGCUGCUUAGGAGGAAGGCCUUGAGUGAAGCAUUCACCCUAACUGACCUUAGGCAGCUGCCAGAACUGAAUCCUCCAGCCCUGAUGCCCAAUGGGAAUGUGGGUACCCCAAUGCGUAUCUUCUUAGAGCUGAUCCGAACCUGUCGGCUCCCCCCUCGAAUCAUUACUCAGCUGCAGCUACAGUUCCCCAAGACAGGCUCCUCCCGUCGAUAUGGCAAUGUGCCCUUUAAGUAUGAAGACUCAGAGAUUAUAGAGCAGGAAGAGCUUGUCUACACAGCCCAGGGGGAGGAGAUCCCAGAAGCACCUCGAGGAGCUUUUCCCACAACUAUCCCAACUGGAAUCCAAGAAGAACUGAAAGAGGAAGAGGAAGAGUCUCAUUCAGAUGAUGACAAUGACACAUGUGAGGAGUGGGAGCGGCACGAAGCAUUACAUGAAGACGUGACAGGCCAGGAACGCACAGCGGAGCGACUCUUUGAAGAGGAGAUAGAACUCAAAUGGGAGAAGGGCGGCUCUGGGCUUGUGUUUUACACAGACGCUCAAUAUUGGCAGGAAGAGGAAGGAGAUUUUGAUGAGCAAACAGCAGACGACUGGGAUGUGGAUAUGAGCAUAUACUAUGAUCGAGAUAGUGGAGACAAGGAUGCACGUGAUUCAGUCCAGAUGCGCUUGGAAAGAAGACUACGUGACGGUCUGGAGGAUGGCUCUGUGGUCAACCACCAAGUUGGCACCUUCGAACGUCACACAAAGGGUAUUGGAAGGAAGGUGAUGGAGCGACAAGGUUGGGCUGAGGGCCAGGGCCUGGGCAGUAGCUGCUCAGGAGUGGCUGAGGCCCUGGACAAUGAUGGGCAGAACCCCAGAUGUAAACGUGGAUUAGGAUACCAUGGAGAGAAACUACAGUCUUUUGGACAGCCAAAAAGACCUCGUGGGACCAGUCUGGGGCUCAUCUCCACCAUCUAUGAUGAACCCCUUGUUCAGGACCAGGGUGACCUCCUACUUCGACGACAGCCUCCUACUAGUCUGAAAUUCCGGGCAGAUACGGCCUUUGUGAGAGGCACAGACACAGACAGCUUUUCCUACCACAACUCACCAGAGCCUGAGUGAUAAAGAUAGGAACUCUUUGUAUGGGAUUGGGGGAUCGCAAGAUUUCCCUAACCUUUUGUUCUAAGAGCCAAAGUGGGUGGUUGGCUUUAGGACUUAGCCUUUCCUAGAGAAGAAAAUGGCCUAGAGAGACCUGGGGCUACUCAGGUCUCUCACUUCUCUUUCUUCCCAUAUUCUACCUCAGGACCAGCAAUGUAUGCCAUUUAGGCCUGGUGGGCUCUCUUUAUUGAUUUCAAACUCUUAUUUGUCUCAAGACCAUAUUGUUUUGGCCUCUGCUCUUCCCUAAAACAUUGGUGUCGGUUUUUGCCUUGUCUCCAACAGCCCUCUGAAGCACAGCCUCAUUGGCCAGGAGCAGGCCAUCUUUUCCCUUGAGAUUUCCUGCAUAGAAACACCUGUGCUGGUCAGAUAGAAGGGGAGAGGAUCUAGAAGAGCAGCCCAAGCCCGGUCUACUUCCUCCCUUCUGUGAAGGGCAGACAGACCCAUAAUAGAAUAAAGUUUUUGUUUAUAUAACCAAGUUGUUUUUCAUCCUUAAAGAGGGAAAUUAUCUACCUUCUCCUCCACACACCUGUGCAACACAUUUUAGGAAAGAAAGACCUGGACAAGAUGGGGGAAUAGAGAUCUAUCUGAGAACUGGUUGAAGGUCUAGCCAAAAGAUGGAGUGGGUUGGACAUGGGAGCCAUUUUCAAGCAUCUGACAUUUUUUCUGCUUCAGGCCAAUUAAGCUACAAUGAGCACUGGAUAAUAGUGGCAUAAGGAUUCAAGCUUCAAGUAGGAAAAGCUUCCAGUUAGUGUCAUUCAAAUGGCAUGCUUCUCCUUGAAGGUCUUCAAGCAGAAAAUGUAUAAAUAUUGGUCAGGGACAUAGUGGGGAGAAGAGGGACAGUUAUGAUUGGGUUAAGACUUGAUUCUGUUCCCAUAAAAAUGAAUUUCAAGGAAGGCUGCAUUUGGCUUAUAGUCUGAAUACUGAAAACAUGUCCCUUUAUUUUUACUGAUAAUUAAUGUUGAUAAUCACUUCCCAAGAAAUAAUUUCCUUCACAAUAGUUCUUGACAGAAAAUGUUUAAGCAAAACCAUCUAACACUGGUUAGGACAAAUCAUUCUUAUUUAUUAUAUUUAAAAUAUGCCAAACUUAAAUAAAAUAAAAUAAAAUAUGCCAAACCA